CGGAACACUCGAAGCCCCUCUGUGUUUGACCUGAAUGAAACCGAUGAGUCGGACAAUGGCGAUUCUUCCCCGCAAAGCAGGUCGGCUGCCAACCAGGAUAUGUGGAUGAGUCGGCUAUCGGAGCCUCCCGACCCAGAAUACAAUGAUCCACAGCCCGCUCAUGUGCCUUACUCAGUGGAGUGGAAACUGACUGCCAACAAUCGAAUGGUCACCAAAGACUCCGAACAAACAAUCGUUGUCCCGCCCGAUGUUUUCUGA